CUGCUAUCAGUCUGUGCAGUCUUUGGAAAGUCUGAAGAGGUCUUGUGCAGUCCUUUACUUCUUCUAGGUUGUGACAGUAGAAAUGGGAAACUCUAAAAGUAGCGCCCUAUCCAAGGGGAUCUUGGAAGACCUCAAAAUGAACACCAAGUACACAGAAGCAGAACUCUCCUUGUGGUACCAGACAUUCUUGAAGGAAUGUCCAUCUGGCUUGAUCACCAGGGAACAAUUUGAGAAGAUCUAUUCUGGCUUCUUCCCAGAUGCAAACCCCAAAGAUUAUGCUCAACAUGUCUUCAGGAGCUUUGACACCAACAGUGAUGGGACCCUGGAUUUUAAGGAAUACAUCAUCGCCCUUCACCUCACCUCCUCUGGAAAGACUUCACGAAAGCUUGAGUGGGCUUUCUCCCUCUAUGAUGUGGAUGGCAAUGGCACAAUCAACAAGGAAGAAAUACUGGAAAUUGUUAAGUCAAUAUUUAAAAUGAUCAAUGAAGAAGAACUGAAGACUCUGCCAGAGGAUGAGAACACCCCAGAGAAGAGGGCUGAUAAAAUUUGGGAGUAUUUUGGCAAGAAAGAAAAUGAUAAAUUAUCGGAAGGUGAGUUUAUUCAAGGCACCCUGGAAAACAAGGAUAUACUCCGACUGAUACAGUUCGAACCUCAGAAAAUCAAAGGAAAACUAAAUCGGAACUAACUUUCACCAAGGAAGCUAUUUUUCCAAAGACUGUUUCAAAAUUGUUUACAAAUUGCAUAUUUCUACAUAAAUAGUGUAAACGUACAUCUAAAUCCAUAAUAUUUCACUGUACACAUUCACUGUAAUACACUUGCAUAUUCCGCUGUUUAUCAUGCACAUAAUGAAUGUGAUUGAGAUUUUUCUAAUCCAAAUUGAUGGUUAAAGCUCUUAAUCCUCAAGGUCAUUUACAGAUAUCCAUUUAUUAAUUUUAAGAGACGUUUGGGUCCCAAAUAAAUUACAUUUAAUUAUGUAAUAUUA